UUAUUUCUGUUGUGACGUCAUCAUUGUGCGUCGCAGUGACGACUGCAGCUCGGGGAAUCCUCGUGUUGUGUUUUAACACCAUAAAUCUGUACAAAUCAACCAUGAGCUCUCAAAUAACUUGUGUCGGAUGGGUGAAGCGAGGAGUCGCUAAAGAAACGCCUGAUAAAGUCGAGUUGAGCAAAGAAGAGCUGCAGCGCAUCAUAUCAGAGGCUAAAGAUGAGUUACAGGAUCACAAUGAUGAUGAGGAGGAGGAGGAGGUCGACGAAGGUGUGGUCAGUGAAGAGGCAUCAGCUGUUCCGACGGAUGGUGAAGAAAUAAAAGAGGAGAAAGAUGUGAAUGAGCCGGAGGAGGAUGAUGAGCUCGCAGAGUACGGACUAGACAAAUAUGAUGAAGAAGACAUCGCUGCAUCAAAUCUUGGAGACAGUCUGGCAGGAUUGACAGUGUUUGGCACCAAUGAAGAAGAUCCGUACAUCACCAUCAAAGACACGGAUCAGUACGAGCGGGACGAUUUUCAGAUCAAAUCCACUGAUAACCUGAUUCUGGCCGGACGAGCGGAGAAAGACUGCUGUAACCUGGAUGUUUACGUGUAUAACUCAGAGGAAGACUCUCUGUAUGUGCAUCAUGACAUCCUGCUGCCCGCGUAUCCGCUGUGUGUGGAGUGGCUGAACUUUGACCCCAGCCCAGAGGAAGCACAAGGGAAUUACGCAGCCGUGGGGAACAUGACGCCUGUGAUUGACGUCUGGGAUCUGGAUGUGGUCGACUGUUUGGAGCCGGCCUUCUCCCUCGGCAGCAAGAAGAAGAAAAAGAAGAAAGCAAAGAAGGCGGCUGAGCCUGUCGACGGCCACUCGGAUGCUGUGCUGGAUCUGUCCUGGAACAGACUGGUCAGGAAUGUUCUAGCGAGCGCAUCUGCAGAUGAGACAGUGAUCCUGUGGGAUCUGGAGAAGGGAAAACCAGCGGCGACUCUCAAGAAACACACGGAUAAGGUUCAGACGCUGAAGUUUCACCCGUUUGAGGCUCAAACUCUCAUCAGUGGAUCAUACGACAAGUCAGCGAUCCUGUACGACUGCCGCAGUCCGAACGACAGCCAUCGGAUCUGGCGCUUCAGCGGGCAGGUGGAGCGUGUCAUUUGGGACCAUUUCUCUCCGUGCAACUUCCUGGCGAGUACAGAGGACGGCUUCAUUUAUUGUCUAGACGCUCGCUCGGAUAAACCCGUGUUCACGCUGAGAGCUCACGACGGAGAGGUUUCAGGGAUGGACUUGAGCAGUCAGAUCCGCGGCUGUCUGGUCACGUCUUCAGCGGACAAACAUGUGAAGAUCUGGGACAUCCUAGGAAACAAACCCAACCUGAUACACUCCAGAGACAUGAAAAUGGGUGUGAUCUUCUGCGGCUCCUGCUGUCCGGAUCUUCCCUUCGUCUAUGCGUUUGGAGGACAGAGGGACGGGCUGCGCGUGUGGGACAUCAGCGACGUCGCUGCCGUUGCGGAGGUUUUCGGCAGUCGGGAACGUUUGGUGGCGAACACAGUAUCCGGAGCGUCCAGCAGUGAGAUGGAGGUGUCAUAAUGACCAACAUAACGAGAGACUGAAUCAAUGAAGCACAGAAGACGGAGAAUCAUGGAUCAUUGCUUCAUACUGAAUGAUAUGAACAGCAACUUUCAAUAUGAAAAACAUAUUUAUGCCAUCAGAUGAAGCGUUACGAAAAGAUUCUUACUGUUUAUCUGAUAUAUAUACUGUAUAUAUAUGCCGAUAUCAGAUCUUUGCUGUCUUCAACAAAUGUUUGACGCUGAACAGACUGUGCUUUCCUUUAAGAGGGAAUCUUAAUAUCUCCUGUACGCUUGCAGAUAUAACUUUCUUUCCAUAUUUCCUCUUUUUAGGAAGUGUAUGAAUAAUUAUGAAUAAUUUCUAAAAAUGAUUUCCCAUUUUUUGGGAUUAUAAAAUUGCAGUUGUUAUAAGAAUAACAAUUAAUAAAACUGUGGAAUCCAA